CCCUGAAGGACCCUGCACCUCCUCAGCCAUCUUCUCUGGGCACCCCCUGAGCCCAGCCUGCUGGCCACAGGCCCCUUCCCGCCAACUUGUGGGCCUAGCUCAUCAUCAAACUAUUUUCCACUGGCUUCCCCCAAUCUCUGCCACAGCACAAUUUUGGUGGGGAGGUGGAGAGGGAUGAAGGAGAAUAGGAGGUGGAGCUUGGACUCUGGCCGGGGGCGGGGGGGUGAGGGGGGGCAGCAGCUCGCCACUCUGAUUGGUCACCUCUGCUCCAAAACUGGCUUCAAAAUUCCACGGACUCCGCCCCCAGUGGCCCCCAGCCCUAUCCUGACUUGCAAUUGGCUGAACUUUCAGGGGGCGGGGCUCACCCGGUCCGGUCCAGUUAAAAGGGUGGGAGCGUCCGGGGGCCCAUCUCUCUCGGGUGGAGUCUUCUGACAGCUGGUGCGCCUGCCCCGGGAACAUCCUCCUGGAUUCAAUCAUGGCUUGUGGUCUGGUCGCCAGCAACCUGAAUCUCAAACCUGGAGAGUGCCUUCGAGUGCGAGGCGAGGUGGCCCCUGACGCUAAGAGCUUCGUGCUGAACCUGGGCAAAGACAGCAACAACCUGUGCCUGCACUUCAACCCUCGCUUCAACGCCCACGGCGACGCCAACACCAUCGUGUGCAACAGCAAGGACGGCGGGGCCUGGGGGACCGAGCAGCGGGAGGCUGUCUUUCCCUUCCAGCCUGGAAGUGUUGCAGAGGUGUGCAUCACCUUCGACCAGGCCAACCUGACCGUCAAGCUGCCAGAUGGAUACGAAUUCAAGUUCCCCAACCGCCUCAACCUGGAGGCCAUCAACUACAUGGCAGCUGACGGUGACUUCAAGAUCAAGUGUGUGGCCUUUGACUGAAAUCAGCCAGCCCAUGGCCCCCAAUAAAGGCAGCUGCCUCUGCUCCCUCUGAA